AUGGGGGAGAAGAUGAGUAAACCUUCCAUUAAACCUUUUGAGGAUGUCACCUUCUUCACAUCCUUCAAGCCCUACAGCCCUCCCGUCACCAAUAACAACACUCCCCCUCGACCAAGCAUCUUCUCAACGCUGAGACGUCCCCCGGUCGCCAAGCCCAAUGAUUUCAUACCCCUUUUCAGCGACUGCAUCAAUGCCGCCUCAUCCAGAACUCAGGAGUACAUGCUCUUCAAGGACCCAGAGGAAAAGUUCCACCCAAGCCCAGAGGCCCUCACUCAGAUCUUCCUUAUGACCUAUAUCUCCCAGAGCGUCAGCCUCAAUUUGACAGACAUCUUCAAUUGCACAGCCAUGACCCCUGAGCAACGCAUCCUGCUGGGGGCUGACUGGGUGUGGGCCGUGUUGGAGAAGGCUACUAAAAAUCCUCGCGUGCAGAUCGCCGUGCAGGUCCUUCACCUGUCAGACAAAGAGGGCGGCGAAGAGGACGGCGUUCCCCGGGAGACGUGCAGUGAAACCGUCCAAAUGGCCCAGAGGGAGUCCAGUGACAAAAACAUGUACGAGAGAAUGGUGGACUUCUGCACCUCCGUCGGAAAGGACUGCUAUGCACUGUUUUUGUUCUUAGGUAGGAAAAACGACAAGAGCAAUAUCUACGGCGUUCUAAGCAACAAUUUUGAAGCGGCCAUCGGGAAGUGCGACAGGAUCGACAGGGCUCUUCUUGAGAACUUCUUCAAGGGGUCUCGGUACCUGCACACGCCAUCUGGAAUGAUGCAAGCCGUCAUCACCAAGAACGAGGGAGACCCUCUCACCCUCAUGAUUAAAUUCAGCUGA